GUCGCUCCGGCUUCCGGCCACCUCUCUGAGUGACGCGCGGGGUAGAGUCCGGGGCAGGCGGCCAGCGCUGGGGUCUCCAGUGACCGUGUCCACGGCGGCGGCCCCGCGGGCGGGAUGUUCCGGGGUCUGAGCAGUUGGUUGGGCUUGGAGCAGCCGGCGGCGGGCUGCGGGCAGCCCGAGAGAAACGGACAGCUGGAGGGAGACGCUCCACCCAAGCAGCGCUCCGAGGAGGUGGUGGAGUCGGCGGAGGAGGAGCCACAGCCAGCGGGGGACCAGGAGCUCUUCCACCAGGCCAAAGGCCUCGGCAACUAUCUAUUUAACUUUGCAUCUGCUGCUACAAAAAAGAUAACUGAAUCAGUUGCAGAAACAGCACAAACAAUAAAGAAAUCGGUAGAAGAAGGAAAAAUAGAUGGCAUCAUUGAUAAGACAAUUAUAGGAGAUUUUCAGAAGGAACAGAAAAAAUUUGUUCAGGAGCAACAUACAAAAAAGUCAGAAGCAGCAGUGCCGCCAUGGGUUGACAGUCAUGAUGAAGAAACAAUUCAACAACAAAUCUUGGCCUUAUCAGCUGACAAAAGGAAUUUCCUCCGUGACCCCCCGGCCGGUGUGCAGUUUAAUUUUGACUUUGACCAGAUGUACCCUGUUGCCCUGGUCAUGCUCCAAGAAGAUGAGCUGCUGAGCAGGAUGAGAUUCACUCUUGUUCCUAAACUUGUGAAGGAAGAAGUGUUUUGGAGGAACUACUUUUACCGCGUCUCCCUGAUAAAGCAGUCAGCACAGCUUACCGCCCUGGCCGCCCAGCAGCAGGCCGUGGGAAAGGAGGAGAACAACAACAGCAGAGAAGAUGAUUUGCCACUGACAGAGGCAGUUCGGCCCAAAACGCCACCUGUCGUAAUCAAAUCUCAGCUUAAACCUCAAGAGGAUGAGGAAGAGGUCUCUACUAGCCCAGGUGUUUCUGAGUUUGUCAGUGAUGCCUUUGAAGCCUGUAACUUAAAUCAGGAGGAUCUGAGGAAAGAAAUGGAGCAGCUAGUACUUGACAAAAAGGAAGAGGAGGCGACUAUAUUGGAAGAGGAUUCUGCAGAUUGGGAAGAAGAACUACAGCAGGAACUUCAAGAAUAUGAAGUGGUGACAGAAUCAGAGAAACGAGAUGAAAACUGGGAUAAGGAAAUAGAGAAAAUGCUCGAAGAGGAAAAUUAGCUGUUUCCUGAAAUAAAAGAAUAAUCCUUAACACUCUGCAAACUGACAGUAAACUCUAGAUGUUCAGACUCAAUGAAUUAGAAGGCACAGAAGAAUAUAACUUUAUUGAAACUCAAAAUUGCUUCAUUAUGCUUUCAUCAAGCUGAAACUUGCUUCUACUUUUUUAAAAAAAGUAUACAGAACAGCUAUUCUAAUAAUCAAGAAGGAAUGUUUUAUGUAAUAUUUCUUUAAUAUAAAUCUAGUUAGACUUGUUCUUGUAGUUGGUAUAGAUAUCUUUCUGUCACAGAUACUCAAAUAAAAUUUUAGAGUUUUGUUUUCUGUGAGGUCAAAACAUAAUUUAUUCUUCAAUCGUGGUUUUCUAACCACUUGUAUCCCUCAUUGCAUUUUCUUUAAUAUGUGUAUAUUAAAGUCCUUAAAUGAAUCAAUGGCUCUCAAACUGACCAAAUUAUACCAAAGAAUUUGAAAGAAAGCACUUUCAGGAUGAUUUUGUUGCUAAGUAUUUUCUAAAAUUCCAUCUGGAAGCCAAAAGAUAAAAUAAUAUUUGUUGAUCAUAAUGAUAUAAACAGCACACAUUUGACUUUCCAAAAUACUGUGCAAAAAUAUUUGCUUUUCUUUAUGGCUUUCGUUUUCCUUUCCUUUUCUUUCUUUUCUCUUUUUUUACUAUACCAUAUUUAAUGUUGUUUUCCUAAACUUCACAUCAUGGUAUUUGUACAAAGUGGGGUCGUUCAUCCUUUUUGUAUUAGUGACCUUCAGAAGCCUGAAGUCUCUUUAAAGUCUCUUGUUCUUGUUUAAAUUGUCACCAUGUAUAAAUGUUUUAGCUUUGUCUUAAUUAAACUGUCAGUCUUUAUAAAAUUGUGUUUUUCUGAAUACAGCUAAUAGAACUUUAUGGAUUAAUCCUACUUGUACUCUGCUACACCAGCAGGCACAUACUCGUGGAAUCUGAUUAUCUUAAAAAAGCAAGGUGGCUUAAUGUCAGAAAACUUUGACAUUUGCUUCCAUUUGAAACUUUCCUGUUUUUCAAGGAGACUUUAUUUCAAAGGGUCAUAGAAUUAAGACACUUAAAAUAAGAAAAAUGUACAUAUUCAUACUCUUGGCCCCUUACUGAUUGAUUAGCCUGUGGUCCUCCAACAAAGGUAUAGUCAACAAGAGAUCGGGGUUACAAGUCCAAGCAUUACUCUUCUGUUCAUAGUUUGGGAUUCACAAGGGUGAAUAAGCCAAACUAUCUCAGAUCAAAUUACUUGGGUUAUAGCAAUAAACUCAAAUUUUCUUAAA